GAGCGUGUAUGGGGAAACCAGCAAUACUACUAUUGUUUUUCUUCGGAAAAAAAUUACUACGCGGACCAAAGCGCUUUUUUUUUUUUUUUUUUAGCUUUUAAACAGCAUUCCUCCUCCCCUUAUUAUUUCACUACCCGCCCCGCCGUCUCUCAGUCGUGCUCUCGACUGCCACAUCUGUGCACGGACUUUGCUCACUGGCUCACUCACGGCUGCCUCGGUGGACCGAGGGUGUUGGCACCGGGACCAUAACCUGCUGCCGGCGGAUUAAGCGUUCUUUCAAUACCCGGAGUCUGCUUUGCCGCUUUGGCUGCUGAUUGUGAAGGUCCACCUCAGAGAUGUAACUCAGAAAUCCACGUGUCCAAGACACCAAGGCAUGGACCGAGACAAUCCAAAGGAAUUGAUGCUCAGGGAAGCGUAAACCCCCCCCCCCCCUCUCCAAAAAACAAAACAACAGCUGAUAAACUGUUGAAAGCGGGCAAAGAGUGAAGUUAUUUCCUGCUCAAUCAGAUCAGGGUGCAAUGAGAGCCUUUUCCUCUCAUUUUUGCAGUUGAGAUUUCUUUGGUACUGCUCGUAAUAUGCUUUAGGAGAGCACCACAAAUCUCCACUUCUGGACAUAUUUAAUUUUUGUAACCGUCUGACUUGUUUUUCCUAUAGAGUGUUUUAUGUUCAUUGGAACCACUCUGACAGGUUGCGUGCAUCGUAAUCCUCAACUUUUCUUGUUUUUUCUUUUGGGUGUGGGGGGGGACACUUCUGAAGACGUCGAGAGGCGCGGGAGUGGAAGAAUAACGAGCCCAAGAGCGAUGCUGGUGUCAAGUUCUCAUAUGCCACGCUUGUCUAUCUCUUCACCGUGACCAGCUUGUCCGAGGGAUACAAAGAAACAGCUGCGUCACGUUCGAGGAGCAAAUUGUUGUUGUUGACCCCGGCGAGUUCCGUGGAGUGGUGGGAAUAAGAUACCUGGCUCUUUGGGAAAUACUUGACACGUUGCUGCUGAGCACCAGACCUCCGCAUGGUUUCUAACUGCUUUUGACAAUGGAGGCAGAGAGCUUAUAGAAGGCAAUCCCCCGAUCAGCCAACAAAUCGGCAGUCAGGGUCACUUUAAGAGCAGAAGAGGAUUCCUGUCGGAGUUGAAGUUUUCCGUGUGGAUAUAUUACAAUUUAACCAUACCCCCCAUAACUCGGAGGCAUAGCAGUGCAACACUCUCGUACGCAGAUUUACAACCACAUCACCACCACCCACGUGUAUCAUACUCUUAUAUUCACUUUAUGUAUUAACACAUCACCGCCACUCAUAAAUAUUCCGCACCGAAAGACCAUUUGGAUUUUCCCAAGAGGCCACGGCAGGAUGUAGAUAGUAAGAGGUAGCAUGGACAGGUGGUGGGCCGACUCCAACAAGUCCUCCUCUGUCCACCUUUCUUCCCUCACGUGGUGGAUGUUAUGAUGUUUAAAAAUGUAUCGCCCGGGUACGGCUGAAAGUUUCUCAGUUGGAAAGAGUUCUUGCCCGCGUAGUUGGAAACACACCUGAAUAACGGGCCAUUUUGUUUAUUUUUUGGGUAUUUCUUCACUGGGCGUCGUUUAACCAACCGCCAUCAUACUUUCCAACGGGUCUUUGGGCGCCUCUCGACGCCCUCCUCGCCCCGUUGUCUCCUCGGCCGCCCUGGAGGGGAGGGGGUCAAUGGAGUGGACCAUGGCCGGGUGUCAUUAUCCUUCGCCAACACCCCCAGAGCGGGAGCGGAGAUACCAACAUAAAGUGUCUCUGGUGGUGCGCUACUUCAUGAUCCCCUGCAACAUCUGCCUGAUCCUCCUGGCCACGUCUACGCUAGGAUUCGCCGUUCUCCUCUUCCUCAACAACUACAAGCCUCCUCACUUUACACCCGCUCAGCUUCCUGAUGGCUGCCGAGGGAAGUUGUGCGGCUUUGGCGCCGUGUGUGAGCGAGACCCGAACGACCCUGCCAACGCAGAGUGCGUCUGCAAGAGAGGUGAAUGUCCGUCCUUGGUGGCGCCCGUGUGUGGUUCCGAUUCGUCCACCUACAGCAACGAGUGCGAGCUGGAGAAAGCCCAGUGCCAGACCCAGCGACGCAUCAAGGUGCUGCGUAAGGGGCCAUGCUUUCUCAAAGACCCUUGCACUGAGGUGACCUGCAGCUACGGCAGCACCUGUGUCCAGUCCACUGACGGCUUGUCGGCUAAAUGCAUGUGCCCGCUGGGCUGUGAGGGCAAACCGGAGCAGACGGUGUGUGGCAGCGAUGGAAAGGACUACCGCAACGAGUGUGAGCUGCAUCAGUAUGCCUGCAAGCACCACAAGAACAUCAGGGUGCAACAUCAAGGACGAUGCGACCCUUGUCAAGACAGUGAGAACAGUUUCAACACAAUGUGCCGGGUCGAGGCCAUCACCCGCCAGCCGCUCAUCUUUGGCUUGCCCGAGUCGUGCCCCCCAGCUCGCGAACCGUUGUGCGCCAGUGACGGCGAAACCUACAACAGCGAGUGUGCCAUGAGAACAACGGGCCUGCAGAAAGGCAUCAAACUCAGGAAGAUUCACACGGGACGAUGCAGGGGACGGGAAGAAUGUAAGGAGGAGUGUCGCUUCAACGCCGUGUGUCUCGUCGAGCAGCUGAAUACUCGCUGCUCGUGCGAUCCCAUCGAGUGCGAUGGGUCCUACAAGCCCAUCUGCGGCAAGGACGGCCACAUGUACACCAACGACUGCAUGCGCCGCAAGGCCGAGUGCCUGGGCAAGAUCCUCAUCCCCAUCAAGCAUGCUGGGCCCUGUGAUCUCCACACGCCAAGUCCCUGUUUGGAUAAGGUGUGCCACCACGGCGCAUUGUGCGUGGUGAAAAACGAUGAGCCCGUGUGCGAAUGCCUGGAAGCCUGCCCUCAAACAUCAGACCCGGUGUGCGGCUCUGACGGCAGCAGUUACGGCAGCCCCUGUGAGAUGCGAGCGAUGGGCUGUGCUCUCCAGAAAGCGAUCCACAUCCAGCAUAAAGGGCCCUGCGAUGAGGCCUGUGCCAAUUGCUCUUUCGGGGCAAUCUGCGACGCCCAAAGUGCACAAUGUGUUUGUGCAACAGAGUGUGUGGAGUCCCACCAGCCCGUAUGCGGUAGCGAUGGCACGACCUACACCAGCGAGUGCGAGCUACAUGUGCGGGCCUGCAAAAAGCAGAUGGACUUGCGAGUGGUCAGCCAGGGAGAGUGCAAAACUUGUGGCAACAUUGUGUGUGCCUGGGGCGCCCGCUGCGUCCAAAGUAAAUGCGAGUGCCCACCGUGUUCCGGUGAAGCAUUUUCUCCGGUGUGUGGAAGUGAUGGCACCACCUACGAGAACGAGUGUGAACUCCGCCUUUCCUCGUGCGUGCAGAAGAAGAGAGUUGAAGUGGCGAAGGCCGGCAGUUGCGACCAAGACUGUGGCUCAGGAGGGUCGGGCUCCGGUGCGGAGAGCUGCGAACAGGACCGCUGUCGCAUGUUUGGAGGCUCGUUGGAUGAAGACGCUGAAGAAGACCGAUGCGUGUGUGACUUCACUUGCCACACUGUGCCUCACAUCGAGGUUUGUGGCUCAGAUGGGAAAAGUUACAGCAAUGAGUGCGAGCUGAAGAAGGCCAGGUGUGAGAAACAAGAGCAGUUGACAGUUCAGCACCUGGGCUUGUGCGCAGCCACAUCGCUGCCGGAGCCCGCCGAGACCCAGCACUGCUCUCUGUCUGUGUACGGAUGCUGUGCCGACAACUUCACAGCCGCCUUGGGAGUCGGACUCGCUGGCUGUCCGAGCACGUGCCAAUGUAAUGUCUACGGCUCCUAUAAGGGCACAUGUGACCCAGCCACUGGUCAGUGCUCUUGUAAACCGGGUGUCGGGGGACAGAAGUGCGACCGCUGCGAGCCUGGCUUCUGGAACUUCCGUGGUAUUGUGACGGAGAACAUGAGCGGCUGCACACCGUGCAACUGCGACGCCAGCGGGUCCGUGCGUGACGACUGCGAGCAGAUGUCGGGUCUGUGCUCUUGUAAGGUCGGGGUGAAGGGCAUGAAGUGUAAUGUGUGUCCAGAUGGAAGCAAGAUGGGCAUGAACGGCUGCGACAAAGGUCCAGAGGCUCCGAAUUCAUGUGAUGAGUUACUUUGUAGUUUUGGAGCAUCUUGUUUUGAGGUGAAUGGUCAGGCCCAUUGUGAGUGCCCCUCACCUGACUGUGAUGAACGCAACAAAACUAAGGUGUGCGGUUCUGAUGGGGUGACGUAUGGCGACCAGUGCCAGCUGAGGACCAUCGCCUGCAGGCAGGACAAGGACAUCACAGUGCAACACUUUGGACAAUGCACAGAAACCAUCUCCGAGCGGGCUGAGCGACCCACUCCAACCCCGCUUACCGCCACCACCAUCACAACGCCAGCUCCCUUAAAUCAUAACCUGGUGUGGGCCAUUCCGCCUCCGAGAACGGCCGAGACUGCUGAGACUACGGUGCAGCCCCCUGCCACCACGCCCUCACCCACGCUCACACACCACCGUGCGCAAAAAAGCCACCACCACCCCUCCAUCCACAUCCAACCUCAGUCGCCACAGUCAACCCCUGCCCCUACCGCUACCGCCUCUCAAGGUAGCCCCGCCCCCUCGACCGCUGCAAAUUCUUUCGAGGGUUCGGGCAGCGGGGAGCCUAGUGGAGAUGACCAAGCUGAGGAAGAGGAGGAGCCGGAAGAGGAAGCGGGUAGCGGCGUACCACCAGAGGCCAGUGGGGCGGAGGAGCCUUUUGGACCCACAUUGGAAAACACGGCAAUAUCCGUCGCUGACGACAAGUCGUCUUGUGACAACACCGAAUUUGGAUGCUGCCCUGACAGUCUGACUCCAGCCAGCAGCCCAGACGGAACCAACUGUCCACCCACCAUGAAGUUCAGUGGUUUUCUGCACUUGGACCAGGUGGAGGGACAAGAAAUAGUAUACACCCCCGAGAUGGAGGACCCCAAAUCGGAGCUUUUCGGAGAGACGGCCCGCAGCAUCGAGAGUGCCCUCAAUGACCUCUUCAGGAAAUCGGAGGUACGCAGAGACUUCAUGAGCAUUCGUGUCCGUAACCUGGCACCCAGCAACUCCAUCCUGGCCUUUGUGGAGGCUAAUUUCAAACCAGACACAAGAUACACAGUGGAGGACAUCGAGGGAGCUCUCCUUAAACAGCUGAAAGUCUCCAAGGGAACGAGCAUCGCGGUGAAGAAGCCGCUGGAUGAAAAUAUUCGCUUCAACAACUAUGGCGUAUCCUCCAUGCCCUUCUAUACUACCACCACCACGUUAGUCACCACUCAUGCUCCCACCACCACAACCAGACGUUUGGUAACCUCCCCCUACAUCACCCGUCGGCCCCCGGGCACGACCCGCAGGCCCAGCACUGGCAGACGGACCACCACCGCAUCAGCACCCGUCACCACCCCGAUCCCAAUCACCACCGCGGCACAACCGAUCAUCACUACGACGGCAAUGCCGCGAACCACCACCGUCUCCCACGUCCGUGAAAGACUGCACAAGCACCAGAGACCCUGCGAUUCCCACCCUUGCCUCCACGGGGGAACCUGUGAGGAGGAGGGUGAUGACUUCAGUUGCAAGUGCCCUGCCGGGAGAGGAGGCUCUGUUUGUGAAAAAGUGAUCAAGUACUUUAUCCCGUCAUUCGGCGGCCACUCUUACUUGGCCUUCCAAACCAUGAGCGCAUACCACACCGUCCGCAUUGCCAUGGAGUUCAGAGCAUCCGAGAUGACAGGCAUCCUGCUCUACAACGGCCAAGAGAACAAGAAGGAUUUCAUCUCUCUGGCUGUGGUGAAUGGCAAAGUGGAACUCAGAUUCAACACAGGUUCGGGCACGGGCAUUGUGGUCAGCAACAUUGAAAUCACUCAGGGCCGCUGGCAUCAACUGGUGGUGACCCGCAAUCGGCGUCUCGCCAUGCUCAGUGUGGACAACGAGCCACACGUCGAAGGCGAGAGUCCGCGUGGGACUGACGGCCUGAACCUGGACACCAAUCUAUUCAUUGGAGGGGUGCCUGAAGAAAUGAAGCAGGACGUAAAGGAGAGGACUGCUGUAGCCUCCGGUCUCGUGGGCUGCAUCCGCCUGCUGGAUGUCAACAACCGGGUGCUCAACCUACAAGAGAACGGUGUUGAUAAUCUCUAUGGCAGCGGUUUAGGCGAAUGUGGCAACAACCCAUGCCUGCCAAAUCCCUGCAAGAAUGGAGCCACGUGUCAGGUCAAAGAGGCAGAGAUGUUCCAUUGCCAGUGCAGCAAAGGAUUCUGGGGUCCAACUUGUGCCGAUGUCCAUGACCCAUGCGAGCCCAGCAGGUGCCAUCCGUCCUCCCGCUGCCAGGCACUUCCCGAGGGAGGCUACAAGUGUGAAUGUCCGAUGGGUCGCGAAGGGAGGCACUGCGAGAUAGUUGCGGAGAGGAGAGGAGCCUACAUGCCACUAUUUAAUGGAGACUCUUACCUCGAGCUCAAGGGACUUCAUCUUUACGGACAUGAUCUGCGUCAAAAAGUCAGCAUGACAGUCGUUCUGAUGGCCAAUGACACCAACGGCCUGAUCUUCUACAACGGGCAAAAAUCUGACGGAAAAGGAGACUUCAUCUCUUUGUCCCUGGAUGAGGGGAUCCUGGAGUUCCGCUAUGACCUUGGCAAGGGGCCUGCUACCAUCAGGAGUAAAGAACCAAUCAGGCUCAACAUGUGGAACACCAUCAACUUGGAGCGCUCCAAUCGCAAAGGAGAGAUCAUGGUGAACAAGAAGGACGCUGUUCGAGGAGAGGCACCGAAAUCACGCAAGAACCUCCAUGUGGACCUCAACCUGAAAGAAUCUCUCUUUGUUGGUGGUGCUCCUGACUAUAGCCGACUUGCACGAAGCGCCGCACUCACAGAAGGCUUCAAGGGAACGAUCCAAAAGAUCAUUUUGAUGGGCACGCCAAUCCUCAGAGAAGAGAACGCCCUGCGCUCCCAAAAUCUGGCCAUGUUCCAGGAGCACGCAUGUUCCCGAGAACCCUGCCACAAUGGGGGGCGCUGCAACCCCCAGCUGGACACUUAUGAGUGUGUGUGCCUCAGUGGCUACUCUGGCGGACACUGUCAGAACACCAUUUAUGAGAAAUCUGCCGGGACUGAGACUGAGGCCAUUGCCUUUGACGGGCGGACGUUCAUCGAAUACCACAACGCCGUCACCAGGAGCCAACUGACCAAUGAGAUCCCAGAUCCCGAGUCUGUGGAGAACCCGUCUGACCAGAGUGAAAAGGCUCUGCUGGUGAACAAAUUCGAGCUCCGCAUCCGCACGGAGGCGACUCAGGGCCUCGUGCUGUGGAGCGGGAAGGGCGUGGAGCGUUCCGACUACAUCGCCCUGGCCAUCGUGGACGGCCGCGUUCAGAUGAUGUACGACCUGGGCUCCAAGCCGGUGGUGCUGCGCUCCUCAAUGCGCGUCGACACCAACCGCUGGAUACGCAUCAAGGCGAGCAGAGCGCUACGAGAUGGAACGCUACAAGUCGGCAAUGAGGCGGCAGUGACGGGAUCGUCGCCUUUGGCGGCAACUCAGCUGGACACAGACGGAGCACUUUGGUUGGGCGGUCUGGAAGAAGUGGCCGUGGCCCGUCGGCUGCCCAAGGCCUACAGCACGGGCUUUGUGGGCUGCAUCAAGGACGUGGUGGUGGACGGCGUGGAGCUCCACCUGGUGGAGGAUGCCUUGAACAGCCCCCAAAUAUUACACUGUCCGGCGGCCAAAUAAGCAUCCAAGCACGAAAGAAAAUGAAAAUAAAAAUAAACACUGAGAGAAAUGAGGAAACAAAUCAGUCAAUACUCAAGAAAUCCUCCCCACCCUUUCCACUCCCUCCAUUGCACCCAUGUCUCCUGCUGUAAUUAUUUUCUAUUUUUGUAAACUUUUCAUCGGUUUUUAUAUGGGAAGAUUUUUUUUUUCCUGUCGGGUUUUUUUCAUAUUUUUUUUCUUCUGCACCUCCAUUCACGUCCAUUGCCUUUUUUUUUAAAUCAAUAUAAAAAAAAAUUCUGUGGAAUCGUUUUGCUGUUAAAGCCGUCGCCAAGGUAACAGGAAACGGUUACUUAUUGAUUUUGCUCAUUACUUGAACUCUGUUGAUUUUUACUUAAAGCCUUGUCAUGGUGCCAUAUCUGCCACUUUCGUUCCCCCCAAACAUUAUUUUUACAUUCAAUAAUAUAUAUUCCAUGUACAUCCAUAUCAUAUAGUACCACAUUCCCUCACCACCUACCAGCUCAUUGCUUUUCCCAAAUGAGACUCUUUCAGAUCAGUCAAGCUGCUACAGUGACAAAGUAUAAUAAAUAAAUACAUUCAGCCAUUCACUCCCAUCUUCAGCUCACAGCGCCAAAAAUGUAUGAAUUUCAAAUUAAAUUGAUCUUUUGCCGGAUAAGAAGCCCAUCUGACUCUUAACACCAUCACGCCAUGAAAUAACAUCAUAUUAAUAAAUAGUUUAUAAAUAAUACCAGAGACUGUGAAUGUGUAAGGUUGGUUCUCCUCAGAGAGAACUAUGCUUUUUUUUUUGUCAACAAAUGAUCACUCACAUUGACCACUAUUAAUGCAUGGAUGGAUGUAUGCUGCGUUGAUUUUUCUGUCCUUAACGCGCA